AUGAAACCGGAGUAUCCUCGUGACGUUGCCGUCGACAUCAAUACUAUUGAAGUACUAUCGAGUACAAUGACUCUCGAUAUUUCCCCGGUAAAGCUAGAGAACUAUCAUCGGAACACAUCCAAUGUGAGGAUGAUUCCAGGAGUUCACCAUGAUGAUCUAGACUGA